CUUCAUCUUUUAUCCGCCGACCCGGACGGACGUAGCUCGUGCUCGUCCCGUUUUAUCUCGUACAGUGCGUGUCUUGUAAACGCGUCUAUUUUAUGUACUAGUUAAUUUGUAAAAUAAAUAAGUAAUAAGUGGCAAACCAUAAAAGUGGCGACGAGUAAAAAGGAAAAAGACAUUAGUAGUGAAAAAAGUGUAAAGUAAUACGUGUGCAAAAUUCCGUCAACGCGUAAACGGCGCCGAAAGGACACGAGUCCGGAAGACAUCGAGAUGGAUGAAGAGCAGCGAAGACUUUCGCAGCAUUUCGAGGUUCCGGGACCGGUGUUUCUGCAACCGGUAAAUGGUCAGCCCCUCCUGCCCAACGCUCCUGCCAUGGAUCAGCCCACGGGAGUCCAACCAUCGACAAGCCAGCAAUCGCCAUCGUUCCAGCCAGCGACAAGCCAGCAAGCGCCAUCGUUCCAGCCAGCGACAAGCCAGCAAGCGCCAUCGUUCCAGCCAGCGACAAGCCAGCAAGCGCCAUCGUUCCCGCAAGCCACAAGCCAGCACCCGCCAUCGCUGUCGAAUUCAUCCGCAAACGGUGAGCCUUCAAUGAUCCAAUUAAUGCAACUUUUGCAACAUCAAAUGCAACAGCAACAGAAAAUGCAGCAAAUGCAGCAACAGUUGAUGACAAAAUUAAUGCAGCAGCAGCAGCAGCCGGUAUCACAACCGGUAACAGCAUCACACACACAGCAGCAGUUCCAGCCGGGUCCACCCAACCCGGAGCAAAUCCUUGAUGCAUUGGCCAGUAACAUCACCGAGUUCCGCUUCGAGGCCGAAGCCGGAAUCACGUUCGAGGCCUGGUACUCACGGUACGAGGAUUUAUUCAUCAAUGAUGCUGCACGGAUUGACGAUUCCGCAAAGGUGAGGCUGCUCAUGCGUAAGCUGGGUGCAAUGGAGCACGAAAGAGCUGAAAUCAUCGUAGCCGCAGAUGCCUCCUCCGUCGGACUGGGUGCAACAAUAAGUCACACAUUUAAAGACGGGUCAACAAAAGUGGUUCAACACGCGUCCCGUGCAUUAACAAAAGCCGAAGCAGCAUAUAGCCAAAUAGACCGCGAGGGAUUGGCUAUCAUUUUUGCGGUGACGCGUUUUCAUAAAAUGCUGUACGGUAGACAUUUCCGGCUUCAAACCGAUCAUCGACCCCUGCUACGAAUCUUUGGCUCCAAAAAGGGAAUCCCUGUCUACACGGCGAAUCGGCUCCAAAGAUUCGCACUAACAUUGCAGCUGUACGAUUUCCACAUCGAGUACAUACCAACGGACAAAUUCGGCAACGCAGACGUACUAUCCCGGCUUAUUGACAAGCAUGCUAAGCCGGACCCAGAAUAUAUGAUCGCCAGCAUCGAGCUUGAGGAAGCUGUAAGUUCUGUAGCCAUAAAAUCACUAAACACUUUUCCGAUUCGUUUUAGAGAAGUUGAAAAGGCUACAUGCAACGAUGUUUUACUUCGUAACGUAUAUCGGUACGUCACGGACGGUUGGCCAAGGAACGUCACAUUCGGCAAGGAUCUGGCACGCUUCUACAGCCGGAAGGACGCCUUAACAACCGUUGGGAACUGCAUUUUGUUCGGGGAGAGGGUAGUCAUCCCCGCGGCUUUGCAGACGAGGUGCCUGAAGCAGCUCCAUCAGGGACAUCCAGGCAUACAGCGGAUGAAGGCGAUAGCGCGCAGUUUCGUCUACUGGCCAUCAUUGGACGACGACAUCACUGGCUGCGUCGCUACUUGCGAUGCUUGCCAGGCCGCAGCAAAGUCUCCACGUAUGUCCGCACCAGCGCCCUGGCCAAAACCAUCAGCUCCCUGGCAGCGAGUGCACAUCGACUACGCCGGACCAAUCGAUGGUGCAUACUUCUUGAUCGCAGUUGACGCCUUCACGAAGUGGCCCGAAAUCGUGAAAACUGCAAGUAUAACCUCACAUUCCACAAUCAUUCUUUUGAGAGGAAUAUUUGCCAGAUUCGGACCACCAGUCACACUGGUCAGCGACAACGGGACUCAGUUUACCAGUGAAGUCUUCAAGGAGUUCUGCGACGCUAACGGCAUUGAACACAUCACGACUGCACCGUUCCAUCCCCAAUCGAACGGCCAGGCCGAGCGGUUCGUGGAUACCUUCAAGCGGGCCUUGAAGAAAAUUCGAGUCGAGAAGGCAUCGCUUGAGGAGGCUUUGGAUCUGUUCCUGCAAACAUACCGUUCCACCCCGAAUCCAAUGUUGGACCAACGCACGCCUGCUGAAGUCAUGUUCAACCGGGCGACGCGGACGGUUCAUCAUCUGCUGCGGCCCUCACCAUCACGGGAGUCUUCAGCGAAUAGCGGUUUCCACAAAUGGCGUCCUGGAGAUUUGGUUUACGCCAAAAUAUUUUGCGGCAAUUCAUGGAGUUGGAUUGCAGGGGAGAUCAUCCGCAGCAUCGGCACCGUAAUGUACGAAGUCAUCACAACGGAGCAACGGAGGCUUCGGCGCCACGUGAAUCAACUCCGUCGUCGUACUACAGUCUCUAGGAAACUAGGAGAGCGGGAUGAAGAUAAUCUGCCGCUACAGAUCCUGUUAGAGGAGUGGGGUUUGCCCACGGAACAAAGCUCCACUCCCUUGUCCGAGCCAUCAGCGCCUGUGCCCACAUCGCAGCCGGAUGUCUCAGCAUCAUCUCCGGCAGCCCCUGUGUUUCGGGAAGCAGCACAUCCAUCCUUGGGUGUCGAGGACGUCAACCACCAGCAGGCACGACUACCACGACGUUCUUCUAGGAGUAGAAGACUGCCUCGUAGGUUCAGCGCGUACCGGCUGAAUUAAAAGGGGGAGGUGUUGGGAAAACUGAGCGCAGCACCGCUACUCAACCCUGUCGCCACGUGACAAGGGCUUGACGUACGCGUUCGGCUAAGCUCGGCGCUGCUCGACUAAGUUCGGGAAUGAAGGGCUCGGGAUCGCUCUCUUCAUCUUUUAUCCGCCGACCCGGACGGACGUAGCGCGUGCUCGUCCCGUUUUAUCUCGUACAGUGCGUGUCUUGUAAACGCGUCUAUUUUAUGUACUAGUUAAUUUGUAAAAUAAAUAAGUAAUAAGUGGCAAACCAUAAAA